UGAGUUUUCAAAGGAAAGAGAAAAAGCAAAAGCUCGGGGUGAUUUCCACAAACUUCGGGAAAAACAACAACUGGAAGAAGACUUGAGGGGUUAUUUAGAUUGGAUAACUCAAGCUGAAGACAUUGAACCCGAAGGGGAGGACCAUCAGAACCAAGACAAUAGAAAUGUAACCCAAAACGAAAUGGAGUCCACAGACCAUAUAGGAGAGGAAGAAGUCCAACAGGAAUCGUGGAUCAAAAGAAAGAAAAAAGAUUUUGAGAGGGUCAACCGCAGGAUAAGAAGAGUUUGCCGAAAGGCUGUAAAAUCUCAGUCAUUUUACUGGCUCAUCAUUAUUUUAGUAUUCCUGAAUACGGGCGUUUUGGCCACAGAACAUUAUGAGCAGCCACAUUGGCUAGAUGAUUUUCAAGAAUAUACAAAUAUGUUUUUUAUUGCUCUGUUCACGAUGGAAAUGUUGUUAAAGAUGUAUAGUCUAGGUUUUCAAGGAUAUUUUGUAUCGUUGUUUAAUAGAUUCGAUUGUUUUGUUGUUAUUGGAAGUAUCCUCGAAAUGAUUUUAACAAAUACGGAGGUGAUGCCACCUUUGGGAAUAUCUGUGUUACGUUGUGUUAGAUUACUGAGAGUAUUUAAAGUUACUAAGUAUUGGCGAUCGUUAUCGAAUUUAGUUGCUUCAUUGUUGAAUUCUAUACAAUCCAUCGCGUCUCUGUUACUCUUGCUUUUCUUGUUCAUUGUUAUUUUUGCACUCCUCGGAAUGCAAGUGUUUGGUGGAAGAUUCAAUAAGGAGACUGAAGAUAAAACUAGGUCUAAUUUUGAUAGCUUUUGGCAGAGCCUGUUGACUGUAUUUCAGAUACUUACUGGUGAAGACUGGAACGCAGUUAUGUAUGAGGGUAUAGCAGCUUACGGUGGAGUUGAAUCAAUCGGUGUACUUUCUUGUAUAUAUUUCAUCAUUCUCUUCAUCUGUGGUAACUAUAUACUACUGAAUGUGUUCUUGGCUAUCGCUGUCGAUAACCUAGCAGAUGCUGAAUCUCUAACGGCCAUUGAAAAAGAGGAGGAAGAAGGUGAAAGAAAGUCGAAAAGCCCCACUCUUCAAGAGGAGGAAGUAGGGGAGGAAGAACAUAGCAUUGAGGAAGAAGAAACUGACGAUGGUCAGUACUCGGAAAGAUCAGGGCAUGAUGACGAAGUGGAAUCACAGACAAAAAUAGUAAUGGAAGGCGAAUUCGAUGAGGAACAGUUGGAGGAGGAAGAUCUAGAUCUUGAAAUUGAUGAUGAUGAAGUGGAGGUUGUAGCUAAAGAUUCUGCCAGACCUCGUCGGUUGUCAGAGGUUACCCUAGUAAAGAAAACACGCCCUAUUCCAAAAGGCAGUGCCUUCUUUAUAUUUUCAUAUAAAAACAGGUUUCGCAUUCUCUGUCACUGGCUAUGUAACCACAGUUACUUUAGUAAUAUGAUAUUGGUAUGUAUCAUGGUGUCAUCGGCAUUGUUGGCUGUUGAAGAUCCCAUUGAUUCGGAAUCAGAAACAAACAAGGUGCUUUCAAAAUUCGAUGUUUUUUUUACCGUAAUCUUCUCUAUAGAACUGAUGCUGAAAACCAUUGCAUAUGGAUGCAUAUUACACGAGGGUGCCUUUUUACGUUCGGCCUUCAACAUGUUGGACUUAUUAGUUGUUUGUGUUUCGUUAGUUUCAAUUUACAACAGUCAAGGAGCCAUGAAUGUGGUAAAAAUUCUGAGGGUGUUGAGAGUUCUACGACCGUUGAGGGCCAUCAACCGAGCCAAGGGACUGAAGCACGUAGUCCAGUGUGUGAUUGUCGCGGUAAAGACCAUCGGCAACAUAGUGUUGGUUACUUGCCUACUUCAGUUCAUGUUCGCGGUGAUAGCAGUCCAGUUGUUCAAGGGCAGGUUCUCGCACUGUAGCGAUCGAUCCAAAAUGACUGCCGACGAGUGCAAAGGCACUUACUUUGUGUAUCAGGACGGUGAUAUCAAUAGGCUUGAGAUGAAGGAAAGAAGUUGGGAUCCUAACAGAUUUCAUUUCGAUAACGUUAUGAAAGCUAUGUUAACGUUAUUCACUGUUUCGACAUUCGAGGGAUGGCCCAAUUUACUGUAUGUUUCAAUAGACUCAAACGAGGAAAACAAUGGACCAAUACAUAAUUUCCGCCCCAUAGUUGCAGCGUAUUACAUAAUAUACAUUAUUAUUAUAGCCUUUUUCAUGGUGAACAUAUUCGUUGGUUUUGUUAUUGUUACAUUCCAAAACGAAGGAGAGCAAGAAUAUAAAAAUUGUGAAUUAGACAAAAAUCAACGUAACUGCAUAGAAUUUGCCUUGAAAGCCAAACCUAUACGAAGAUACAUUCCGAAACAUCGCAUUCAGUACAAGGUUUGGUGGUUUGUCACAUCGAAACCGUUUGAGUAUGCCAUUUUCACCCUCAUUUUAACAAAUACCAUUACGCUAGGCAUGAAAUUCUAUCACAAGCCAGAAGAAUAUCAGAUGUACGAAAAAGUUUUGGACUAUCUGAAUAUGAUAUUUACGGCGGUUUUCGCUAUGGAAUUCGUUUUCAAAUUGGCAGCCUUUCGCGUGAAGAAUUACUUCGGAGAUGCUUGGAAUGUAUUCGAUUUCAUUAUAGUAUUGGGAAGUUUUGUGGAUAUCGUCUAUCAAGACGUUAACGUAAGAAGUUCCUUCUGCAAUUUAUGUCUUUCUAAAAACGUUAAUUUCCAGCCUGGCUCAAAAUUCCAACUAUCUGGCAACUUCUUUCGACUGUUCAGAGUGAUGAGAUUGAUAAAGUUAUUGAGCAGAGGAGAGGGUAUAAGAACGUUGCUGUGGACAUUCUUGAAAUCAUUCCAAGCUCUGCCUUACGUAGCUCUACUCAUUGUUAUGCUGUUCUUCAUAUAUGCUGUCAUCGGAAUGCAGAUGUUUGGGAAAAUAGAAUACGAAAAUUUGGAGUCUUCGUCCUCUAUAAACAGAAACAACAAUUUUGCUUCGUUUUUUCAAGCGGUGCUGGUCCUUUUUCGAUCAGCUACAGGAGAAGCUUGGCAAGAGAUAAUGAUGGAUUGUGCUGACACUUCGGCUGCUGUUUGCCACAAAAAUGUGAACAAAACAGAUGGUUCAUGUGGCUCUGACGUGGCUUAUCCGUACUUCAUUUCUUUCUACGUGUUAUGUUCGUUUCUGAUCAUCAAUUUAUUCGUAGCUGUAAUAAUGGAUAAUUUCGACUAUCUCACAAGAGACUGGUCAAUUCUAGGACCACAUCACUUAGAUGAAUUCAUAAGGCUGUGGAGUGAAUAUGACCCUGAUGCCAAGGGCAGAAUAAAACAUUUAGAUGUCGUAACCCUUCUCCGAAAAAUCUCUCCUCCUCUAGGAUUCGGUAAAUUGUGUCCCCACCGUGUAGCGUGUAAGAGAUUAGUGUCCAUGAAUAUGCCUCUGAAUAGUGAUGGGACAGUGUUGUUCAACGCCACCUUGUUUGCCGUCGUUCGAACGUCCCUCAGGAUAAAAACUGAGGGCAACAUCGAUGACGCCAACGCGGAGCUGCGGGCCGUCAUCAAAAAGAUCUGGAAAAGAACGAGUCCUAAGUUAUUGGAUCAAGUCGUUCCGCCUCCCGGAGUUGAUGAUGAAGUCACCGUCGGGAAGUUUUACGCGACCUUCCUCAUCCAGGACUACUUCAGGCGGUUCAAGAAGCGAAAAGAGCAGGAACUAAAGGAAGGCGACAAGGAGAUCCAUAAUACUGUUACCCUGCAAGCUGGAUUACGCACGUUACACGAAGCUGGACCUGAGUUGAAACGUGCCAUAUCCGGUAAUUUAGAUGAACUCGUUGAUGACAAUCCAGAACCGAUGCACCGUAGGAAUCAUUCGCUCUUCGGAAGUGUUUGGUCGUCUAUGAGACGCGGUCAUACGUUUAACCGUGCAAAAUCACUGAAAUUGAAUUCAACCCAAAUAAAGAUAACGCCCGCUUCCAGUGUUGACUAUCUUCCGUAUAAUUCAAUUAAGACUGCGGUCACAGAAGGAAUGAACCACAUAACCUCAAUGACGAAACAUGUACAAAAUAGAGUCAGCGUCACAUCAUUGAACAAUCAAGAAGGGUUCAUGGAUGAAGAGAUCCCUCUAAGAUCACUUACCAAUCUUCACAAUGGGGAUGAGAAAAACAGCUAUACAGUUAUUGAUCUGCAGGGUGACAACACGGAGCUGAUGCCCCCAACUCCACCUCCGCGACGCGUGCGCCUUGGACUGGGGAACCUAGGGGCCGGUUGCAUGACUCCUACGCCAACAUCUGUGCAGCAAGCACCGAGCUUUAGUCGCAUUGCAAGCGGGCUAAAACUAGCUCAAGCGCAAGCUAUGGCAGUUGCUGGCUUUUUGCCGGGCCCACCGCUUGGCGAUUGGCCUACGUCUGGCGGAAGACUUCAUCCAUCUCUCAUUGAUUCUGCAGGAGAUAGCCGGCAUGCACCUUGUACCCUUCUAAAUCACAGGGCUUCCUUCCACGGCAGAGUUGGACCCGGUGAGCCGAACGGUCAUGUAGGUAAUGAACGACUAACCCAUUCACUGCCAGGCAGUCCAGCAGACCGCAGACCGGCAUCUUUUGAAGUGGUUGGGUCUGCCGAAAGCUUAGUUGGUCGAAUAUUGGCUGAACAAGGCUUGGGCAAAUACUGUGAUCCAGAUUUCGUGCGCUACACCUCGAAGGAGAUGCAGGAGGCGUUGGACAUGACCCAGGAAGAAAUGGACCGUGCGGCACACCAGAUUCUUCAACAGGAGAAACUCGUACAUCCCGCGAGUUUUAGUGAUCCCCUUCAGCAGCCUCAAUCAUAGCAAGACCUGAAAGUUUCUUGAAUACCUCCCGCCACACUACCAAGUGCCUAAAAUUGAUUUCUUCUGGUCCAAAGAAGACUUAUAAAUAAUAAGGUGUAGUUUUUUAACCCGGGUUUUACUGAAAGGGAUUGUUUCUCCAGUUAAAAUUACAUGUACAGGGUGUGAGAGUAAGAGUACGAACUGUCUUUACGAUUUUCUAAUAUCAAAUGUGUCAAAAUAAUAAUAACAAUAAAUCCUAAUUUUCAUUUA